UGCAUUUUGCUCGUAGUGAUGGCUUUUUUAAAGAAAGAAAUAAACCUCGCUCUAUAUCAACAGAAAGCUACACCCGGAAGUGACGUAUCUGGCCCAGUGGUGUCAAAGGUCACAAAAACCAUCUCGGCUUCCUUUCCUGUUAGCGGUGGCCGUAGAACAGCAUCAAAAUGGGCAAGUUCAUGAAGCCUGGGAAGGUGGUGAUGGUCCUAGCUGGACGCUACGCCGGGCGCAAGGCUGUCAUCGUCAAGAACAUUGAUGAUGGCACAACCGACCGUCCUUACAGCCACGCUCUGGUCGCAGGCAUCGACCGCUAUCCCCGUAAGGUGACCACAACCAUGGGCAAAAAGAAGAUCGCCAAGAGGUCCAAGAUCAAGGCUUUCGUCAAGGUUUUCAACUACAACCACCUCAUGCCCACCAGAUACUCUGUGGAUAUUCCUCUGGACAAAACUGUUGUCAACAAGGACGUCUUCAGGGAUCCUGCUCUCAAGCGCAAAGCCAGGCGGGAGGCCAAGGUCAAGUUUGAGGAGAGGUACAAGACGGGCAAGAACAAGUGGUUUUUCCAGAAGCUCAGAUUCUAACUUCACUUUGGUUUCACAAAUAAAUGUUUAAAAAUGGA